GGGGAUUCCACGUGCUGCGUGCUGCUUGGCCUGGCUGUGCUGGCGUGGCCCUGGCUCAGCUCCGGGAGUCCCCACUGGCUGAGCCUGGGAGCUGUGGCCCUGUCGCUGGCCCUGCUGCCGGCCCGCCUCCCCCCGGGGCUGCGCUGGCUGCCUGCAGACUUGGCCUUUGUAGCCCAGCUCCUCAGAGUGGGCCUGUAUAUCAAGGUGCGCUGCAGCCGCCGGCCGCCCAGCACCUUCGUGGAUGCCUGUGAGCGGCGGGGGCGGGGGCGCACAGCCUUGGUGUGGACGGGGCCCGGGUCCUGUGCAGUCACCUUUGGCGAACUGGAUGACCGGGCUUGCCGGGCGGCAUGGGCACUGAAGGCUGAACUGGGUGUCCCUGCAGGCCCGUGUGCUGGGGAGACUGCCGCCCUCCUGCUGCUGGCUUCCCGCACGGUCCCUGCACUGUGUCUAUGGCUGGGGCUGGCCAAGCUGGGCUGUCCAGUGGCCUGGAUCAACCCGCAUGGCCGGGGGACGGCCCUGGCACACUCUGUGCUGCGCUCUGAAGCCCAAGUGUUGGUGGUAGACCCAGACCUUCAGGAGAGCUUGGAGGAGAUCCUCCCCGAGCUGCAGGCCAAGAACAUCCGCUGCUUCUACCUCAGCCACACCUCCCCGACGCCGGGGGUGGGGGCCUUGGGAGCCGUUCUGGACGCCGCGCCCUCUGACCCACUGCCUGCUGACCUGCGUGCCGGGAUCACAAGACAGAGCCCUGCCUUGUUCAUCUACACCUCAGGGACCACUGGGCUUCCAAAGCCAGCCAUCCUCACACAUGAGAAGGUCCUGCAGAUAAGCACGAUGCUAUCUCUAUGUGGGACCACAGCUGCUGACGUUGUCUACACGGUCCUGCCACUGUACCACACGAUGGGGCUUGUCCUUGGGGUCCUUGGCUGCUUAGAGCUUGGAGCCACCUGUGUCUUGGCGCCCAAGUUCUCUGCUUCCACCUUCUGGGAUGACUGUCGGCAACAUGGCGUGACCGUGAUCCAGUAUGUGGGUGAGAUCCUGCGGUACCUGUGUAACGCUCCCCAGCAACCAGAGGACAGGACACAUACAGUCCGCUUGGCAGUGGGCAAUGGGCUUCGAGAAGAUGUGUGGAAGACCUUCCAGCAGCGCUUCGGCCCCAUUCGGAUCUGGGAAGUCUAUGGCUCCACGGAGGGCAACGUUGGCUUUGUCAACUAUCCUGGGCGCUGCGGAGCCCAGGGCAAGAUGAACUGCUUCCUCCGAAUGCUGUCCCCCUUCGAGCUGGUGGAGUUUGACACGGAGGCAGCAGAGCCCAUAAGGGACGAUCGGGGCUUCUGCAUCCCUGUGGGACCAGGGCAGCCAGGGCUCCUGCUGUCCCAGGUGCUCCGCCGGGCGCCUUUUCUGGGCUACCGCGGCCCCCGAGAACUCUCGGAACGGAAGUUGGUGCGGGACGUUCGGCACACGGGGGACGUUUACUACAACACCGGGGACGUACUGGCCAUGGACCACGAAGGCUUCCUCUACUUCCGCGACCGUCUCGGGGACACCUUCCGGUGGAAGGGCGAGAACGUGUCCACCCGCGAGGUGGAGGGUGUGCUGUCACAGGUGGACUUCCUGCAGGAGGUGAACGUGUACGGUGUGUCAGUGCCAGGGUGUGAGGGUAAGGUGGGCAUGGCUGCCGUGAAGCUGGCCCCCGGCCAAGUUUUCAAUGGGCAGAAGCUAUACCAUCACGUGCACGCUUGGCUCCCAGCCUAUGCCACCCCGCAUUUCAUCCGUGUCCAGGAGUCCCUGGAGAUGACAAGCACGUUCAAACUGGUGAAGUCCCGUUUGGUGCAGGAGGGCUUCAAUGUGAGGGUCAUCGCUGACCCUCUGUUUGUGUUGGACCACCGAGUCCAUGCCUUCCGGCCCCUGACGACAGAUGUGUACCAGGCUGUGUGUGAAGGAACUUGGAGGCUCUGACCACCUGGCCAUCCCCUGGACGUUGAGUGCUGGACACCCCUGCUCAGUGUCAAGUCCAGCCUAGACUGGCACAAGGUCAUCCUGAAUCCCACUCUGGCCACAUCUCUAGCUGCACAGGGCUGACGAUGACUCAGCUUGGUAGCAGAGCUAGAAUAAACUCAGGUGUGUACACAGAA